AUGCGAAAGGAACAAUGGGCUAGCUUAGUAGCUGUGUUAAACAGACGUCUUAGAACAAACUACACUGAUUCGUCCGUAAUAAUAAGAUUUAAAAAUAUGAAGGCUGAUUUUAGAACACUAUAUCAACUAACAAACCGUAGCGGAUGGGCUUGGGAUGAGGAAUUACACAUCCCUGUAGCUACCGACGAGUUGUGGGAUGAAAUUCAACAGGUUAACCCAAAGGUAGCUCGAUUUAAAAGGCACUCCUUCCAUCAGUAUGAAAUAUUUGAGAAGAUUUGUGCCGAGAACAUUGCAGUGGGAAGUGAUGCGAGAUGUAGUAAGAUGUCUGAGCCAGUGGUUAACUUAAACAGUGAGGAAGAUGCUCCACACUUUGAGGAUGAUUUCCUAACAGCUAACGGUGUCUGCUAUGACAUGAACGGAACGCUACCGAACGACCAACCUCAAACUGUCGACAUAGAUCCAAGUGUGGAAAUGGACCCAAGUCCAACGAUACGUACAAAAAAAUCUAGCGAGAAGCCAACCAAAGCUGCUAAAUGUUUGAAAAGGAAUAAUGGUUGCAAAAUCUAA